ACACACACACACACACACACACACACACACACACACACACACACACACACACACACGGUCAGUUAUUAGCCUGUCAUCAUUUACAACACAAGUUGUUUAUUGUAGAUUAAGAUUUGAUUGGAGCCAGUCUCAGGUGUUUAGCUCUGAGCUGUUUCUCUAGAACCACAACGACCCAAACACAGAUAUUUCACUGUAAUUCUGCCAUAUGAAAGAAAUUAUACUCGGAAUACUGAAAAACUAAAAAUAUGAGGUCAUUAAUUAUUACGCAUCUAAGUGUGUGCGUGCGUAGGUGUGUAUGCAAUGUACGCGUAUGCGUGGUAUGUGUGCGCAUGCGUGUGCGCGUGUGUGAGCGAGCAUGUUUGGGAGGAAGGGGAGUUGGCAUCAGGUUGAUGUGUAUGGAGAGUAGGAUAUCAUGACUCGCACACAAGAUGGUGAGGGGUAGAGACUAUAAAGAAGCUGCAAAUGGUAGCGAGAGAGUCACUUCAAGAUAUCCUACUGACGUCUACAUUGACAGAAAACGUUGACUGAUAGAGUAGCAACAGCAUCUAAAGAAACUCUUCACACUUGCACCAGGACUGCACGCUAGGGCGACUUCAGUUGAUCUCUACAACGAAACCAGCUCUACUUCUUUAACUGAAAAUGCCUCUAAAGCUUACUACUGUGAUCCUUGUGUGUGUUGGUAGUUUGUUCUUGUGUGCGAGCGCUCAAAGCCUAUCACGAGACUACGGGGUGAAACUGUGCGGCAGAGAGUUUAUAAGAGCCGUUAUCUUCACGUGCGGCGGGUCCCGUUGGAAACGAUCCUUAGAUGAACACUUGGAUCCCUUCCAGCCCGGUUCCUAUAGUGAUGUCACAGAGGGCGAGGACAGCAGAAUCAACUGGCCUCACGGACAUGGUCUAGACCAGGCAGCAGACCACCCUCUCCAGCUCUCCUCCUCAUCCUCCCUGGCAGACCUGCUCUCACUCUUGGGCGGAGUGGGAGACCAUAGGGGGUUAAUGGUUGAUGUCAACCCCAGCGAGGGGCUUCAGAACCAGGCUUCAGCGUUGGGAGGAGUGGCCAAGAACCCGAGCAUCAACUGGCCACGCCGCGACAGACAAAAGAGGAACUUUUCCCUGGGCUUAGCUGGCAUGUGCUGUAACCAGGGUUGCACAAAGAAUGACAUUGGGCGUCUGUGCUGAGUGAGACUGGGGUAGAACAGAGGUAGUGGAGGUGGACACUGGCUGAGGGAGCUCCCCCUGUACAGAAUGGAGACCGUUGCUCAAAUUCUCCUUUCUGUACAGGGUGAGGAGAGCUCCACCUUCUCUGUGUUGAUGGACUGGGUGUGAGAGACAGCAGUUUUAAAUGUAAGUGUUUCCAGAUAAUCACAUGGUUUGGGUUGUUGAUGGGGGAACUUUAAAAACGGCUUUGUAUACUUUUCUCUAUAUUGUGAAAGGAAAAUAGUUUAUAUUUAAUUUUAAUUGCUCAAAUUGUCUCAUCGUUAAAUUCAUGACUUUGCUACUGAAGCAAGAGCAUCAUUGUACUUCCCUGAGAAAUAAAAUAGUUUGAAUGACAUGAAACAUGUAACAACCCACCACAAAUACCCCAUUACAAUACUGAGAAAAAAAUGUUGUGUAUGUAAAAUGUUAAACUAAUCAAAUAUCAAUAUAAAGUAUCUUUUGGAAAU